CAUACGUGUACGAGCUAUAUUCCUCCUUUUCUACGCAAGAAUUCUUAGUACAGGAAAGAAAGCAAAUACAAAUAACAGAAAAACGGAUUAUAAUUGCCUUUAAAAUAUUUAUCCAGAUCGGUGACCUGCUUUAAACUUUAGACAUGAGAUUUAAGAGCCUUUCUAAUUAAUUAUCCCCGCACGAAGGUGAACAGUUGUAAAUCAGUACCGCAUAUCAUUUAAAAUAAUGUCAAACACAAAAGUGCCUGAAAGAGAAUCUCUACCUAAAACUGGUAGGGUGAACGAGGUUUGCCAGGAGUGGAUGGUAAGGGAAGACAGUGCCCUGGCGUAUCGUUUACAACAUGAAGAAUUCGACGAACAUUUGUCCGGAAACAAAUUUAGAAAUGCAAUGGUGAGAGAGGACUUCCCUCGAGCCAAAGACGAGCAACUCAGAGAACAACGUAUGGCAGAACAGGCUGCUGCCAUUUAUCAGAAAAUGUUGGCAGAGCAAGAAGAAGUGGAUGAAAAGGUAGCCAAGGAACUAGCAGACAGAAUGGAACGAGAGGAACGGAACAAACGUCGAGUAAUAGAAUUACGUGACCAGGAAAUAGCCAAGCAGCUUCUGGAAAAAGAAAGGAUAAAAGUGGAGAGACUUCAUCAGCUGCCCGUCAUAGGUCCAGGCUCACCACAGAAACCAGCGCAGCUACCCCCCAGGAUGGAGAACCAGCAGUCGCCGCAUAGACCCAACUCUCUCAAUUACCGGGCAAACUUACCAAGGAGGCAAGCUCUAGCUAUGCCGUUACCUCAGAGUGCAACUCACGAGGUAAUCGAUUUGUAUACCGAACCGCUGAGAACGAAUCAUUUCGACGAAAUUACCAGUGCUGAGUUGUACAAUGAGCCAUACACUGCAACACGGAACUUAUCAGACCAGUUGAACCGGAUCGAUAUAGCGGAAGUAGGAUUGCCUCUCAAUGAACUAUCCGAACGUCAGAUUCAAGAAGAAAAAGAUGCAGAACUCGCCAGACAACUACAAGAACAGGAGGGAUCGCUGGAAGACACCCUUCUAAAUCGCGACAGAUUACUGGCAAUAGAAGCCCAAGACAAAGAACUAGCCAAAUUACUACAAGAACGAGAAAGGGCAAAGGCGAAACGAGCCAGAGAACGCGCCAAACAAAAGGCUCUUGCCAAACGGCAGCAACAAAUGGAGAUGCAGCAGGAGCUUGGUGUUAAUCAAAUUCUACCUGAUGAUUCUUACGCCUUCCCUGCCGACGUUCUCCCGCAGCAUGCCUCCCAUGUGCCUAGGAGCAUAGCUGCAUACCCCGACGUCUAUGCAGUGCCUAAUCCUGACGAGGACGUGAGUUAUAGCCUUCCCGCAGAUGUACUGCCGACGUCUAGUGUCAACGACAAUAAUCUGAAAUUAAACUAUAGUCCAAGUAAGUUUGAUUCCUAUGGGGGAGAGGCGAAGGAAAUCAAUGGUGUUUCUAGUAAUAAUCCAUCUUUGGAGAGGGCUAUGGGGGCGAAUCCUCCAGCUAAUAGGCCUACGCAUCUAGAUUUAAGAUCCCCCUUGACUCGCCUCAACAAGCCCCGAUUCCCCGACCCCGAAGUCUGUGAUACCGCAAGCAGCGGCCAGUCGAGCACUUCGCCCGCCCAGCACGCCAACAUAGCCAUGGCGAUAGACCCCACGUAUUCCCGCAGGGGUUACCGUAUCUCUUCCAGCUACGACACUGCCUCCAGUACCGUGACCACCAGCACGUCCAGCAGCAGUCCCGGCAUAGUCCUGCCGCCGCCGGACAUCGCCGAGCAGGACGACGACAAUCCGGUGCCCCCCUACAUGCCGAUCCAGGGACAGAGGAGGACGUCCUCCCUGGAGAAGAAACAGAAGAAGAAGAGCAAGGACGGUGGCUGUAAACAGCAGUAAGUUUUUUUUAGGUUCGGGUUGGUCGUAACUUAUUUUUUGUGUGUGGUUUUUGAGGGUUGAUCGGGUUCGUCUGGUUCCAGGUGCUAAUGUAUUGCAUUUUCGUUGUCGUGGUGGAGUUUUUUUUCUAUUUUUUCUACUGUGCUGCGUUGUUUAUUACACUUCCGGUUGUACGGGAUGUCAAGUCUUAAAGGUGCUUAAAUCCGAUAUUAACAGUGUUUCGCAUUUAUUGGUACUUGAACAACAAACGUUUGUAAUUGCAAAAUAUUGUCUCAUAUGUUAAACUUUCUUCCGAACGGUUAAUAUUUUGAAAAACUGCAAAUCAAAAAGUUGACAAAUUGGUACCGCUGUAUUUUUUUAGGUGAUGGUAAAUCUGUAUAUUUCCGGUAUUUCUAUAAUAAAUGACGUUUAUUACUCACACCACUAGGUACAAAAAACUACAUUGAAGAUAAUCAAAAUAUGUAUAAAUAAAUGUUACUAAAGUUUCGGGAAUUUUAUCGGACAUUAAUAGAAAAUUUGUUUAUUUAUUAACAAACGAGUGAGAGAAGCACGUAAAGUGGUUAACUUGGGAAGUACGAUUCUCAUUUUUCAUAGUACAAGCUUCUCGUUUUUCAAGACGCACAUUAAUUUUUGCAAAAAAUCUAUGUAAUCGUAAUUAACACAGAAACGGAAAUAACAGGAAAUAGUUUGAAUUUGAGUAGUGAGAGAACCUACAAAUAUAAUUUUUUUGUACUUUAUAAUUAAUUACUCAAAAGUUGCGUAAAUAAUUGUUAAGUCUUGGAUCUCGUUUCCAUUGGUACCAAUAAGAAUUAAUGCGGCAUGAAUUUUCAAUCGUUAAAUAAACAAUAUUAAUAUUUUUGCAUCAUUUUUUAAAAGUUUAUCGACAUAAACAUGAUCUGAUUACACUUCUUAAUAAUCCUAAUUAAAUGUUAAGUAAUAUUUUAAUUAUAUGAAUUAGAUUUAAAAAUAUUUUCAGUAAUUCGUAGGCAUUUAUUUAUUAUAGGUAAAUUUAUUUUAGCAGGUAACGGUUCGGACCCCUUAGCCCCAAAAAUUGUCAAAUAUGCGAAAAAACUUAUUUGUCUUUAAAUUUGGCUUUGUGUGGUCCACCGUUCGUGAUAGAUCACUGUUUCAAUUUCAAGUUAUGAUGCUCUGUUGGUGCUUUCGUAAUUUUGCAGGCAAGCUGAACUCGUUUCAUUUUUUUUUCCGGAAUAAUAUACAUAUUUAAACAUAUCAUUUUAACAUUACGAAUAAGUGAUAGUACGAAGUAAAGUUAAUAAUAUAAUAGUUUAUGUUUUAAUAAUAACACCAAAAAAAAGUACUGCUCAAUAUAUUUAUAAGUUUAUGAUGUAUUUAUACUAUUUUUAGAAUUUUAGUGAUAUAUCUUUUGCGUAUUUGGUGGAAGGUCUAUACUCUCUAUAUUGUCCGUUACUUUUGAUACUGUGGACUUUUUUUAUACAAUAAAUGUUUAUUUACUUUCAA